AUGGAGCGUUUGUCUACUGCCUUCGAACUACCCCGCGACCUUUGGUUAGCCAUAGCCAUUAAAGUCGCGACAAACUUCAUCGAGGACCUGUGCAGGUUCCGUAUGACGUGUUGCAUUGCGCGCGAUGUAGGCGACGAGGAUACUGUGCUCAGGAUGGUUGCCAUACCACCCCCACAUGAGAUGAAUUGGUGGUGGAUACGGGACCUGGUAGGGCGAAGUUUUUUCAAGAGGUGCUUUGAGAUUGGUCACCCAGAGCUUCUGUUUCGGGAGGCGCUGCGGGAGCUCUACAUACGAUGUAACCACGCCAUCGGAUGGGAAAUGCUGCAGAAUACAGCAAGCAAUGGGUUGGACGCUGCCAAGUACGCACUUUUAAUGGAGUUGCUCAUCCGGACGGACGACAGCGUGGCAAAAAAAAAAGGCUUGGAACUAUUUCGCACGCUCGAAGCGGGUGGCUUACUCCCCGCAUGUUACUCGAGUUGCUUCGCGGUCCUCACAAUUUCUUUGCCAGAUGAAGUCCAAUUGCCGGAAAAGGGAGAAGAACAUAUGGUCUGUGACUCGACCAGAUGCUUGACCUGA